UUUUCUGMAUUUUUCCAUGAUGCAUGUUUUCGUAAUUUUAGCAGUCCUCUCGUCUGUUGCCUAUUCUGCCAUUCAACUACCUUUAUUGUUGCGAGCAGUUGGAACAGACGUAGUAUUUCAGUGGAACUCCACAAAUGUUAUCGCUACCGUAAAAUGGGGAUUGGUAGAUCCUAAAAUCAGGAUUUUCAGAAAGGUAUUUAUGGCGAACGCAGAAAUCAACCCURCACUAGCGAACGAUCUUAAAGCAAGAGUUAGCUUCGUUGGCAAUCUYAUGGCAGGUCAUGCCUGGUUUAAAAUAACAAAUUUAGCCCUUAGUGACACCAAAGACUAUGGCGUAGUAAUACAGGAACUAAAGCAAGGACCUCCUGAAUCGAUGCAAAGUGUGCACUUGAAAGUCAUAGACGUAAUACCCCGCUUUAUCAAAGUCCCACCAAGAGUAUUGUACGUCCAAUUAGGUGAAGCUGCUAUUUUUGAAUGGAAUUAUAUUUCUGGAAACAAAACAAAGAUCUUGGAUCCUCUGUCGCCUCGUUGGGAGGUGUAUAAUAGUGCCAAUGGCUGGAAAUCAAUCGGUGCAGACGUUAGUACAUUAGAUUGGCAAUGGAAACUYAGUCCAUCUUGUCCAGAAAGACUGCGGAAUCCUACAAGAGUGAGCAAGGCUUCGACUGCCAACCUUGUUCUAUAUAAUGUAACCAUAGCAGAUAGUGGAAUCUAUAGGUGCAAUCUAACAUUAAGACAUUUACGUCCAAUAACAAGUAUGACAACACUGAUGGUCACAGCUCAACCACAAUUCACUUCUGCACCAUCGCCUAUAGUAAAUGUUGCUGAGAAUAAAGAUGUUCAGCUGUCUUGUACAGCAGUUGGUCCCCCGACGCCAAAUGUUACAUGGGUUCGCGUACAAGAAGGUGUUGAAAGGGUAAUGGUUGCUCAAGGACCUGGCAAUGCAACCCUAAUAAUACUAAACAUCAAACGAGGUCAGAAAAGAACGUACGAAUGCCAUGCGGCAAACAACCCAAACCAAAAACCUGUUAGCAUCCAGACGACGAUAAAUGUCAUGUAUCCACCAAAGAUAGACCAUUCACGUUCAGACAAUAUAAUAACAUCACUGAGUUACGGGUCCACUCGACUACGUUGUGCAUUCAGCGGAUUCCCUCUUCCAAAUAUCACGUGGUAUAACUUCAAUGGACAACCAAUCGUGCAAAACGUGACGUCUUUUCCUGGUUUUAGUGAGUUGUCAAUCAAACUAAAAAAYAUGCAUGCUUCUGCAAGAUUCAUGUGCCGUGCUGAAAACACUUUAGGAUAUACUGGCCACAAUUUGACUAUAAUAGUUAAUGAACCUAAAGCUGAACAAUGCGGCAAAAUUUCAGAAAAGGGAGCAAUCGAUUUUGUUUCAUCGCCAGUAUUCGUCGUCUGCAUUGGUAUCAUCAUUGCAUUAAUUAUUGCCAAUGUCAUUUGCGUAUGCCUCAUUACCAAGUUCUUUCAUAAGAGACGUGGUAAAAGCAAAGAGAGAGAAGACUCGUUCCAUCAGGGAGUACUGAAUAUGUCARCAAUUCCCGAUACACAUUCUCCUCCGCUAUCGGAACAUGGUGUAUCUAACAGGAGUGCAGAAGAAAGAGGCGAGACAGUUUACGAACAGGUUCCAGAAAUUCCUGCUGUGAGCGAAGCUAAUAACACAAGCAAUUCACUAGCUGGUACCUACCAGGAACUCAACGUUUUGCAGCAAAGUUUACAUGAUUAUCAGAGUCUUGAAGGCAUGCGAUCAGCCGUUCCUAGUAGGCCUCAAUGCUCAAAAUCUGAAGUAGAAAAUGCCUACGAACCUUUGAGGAAAACCAAUAAGCCUCAUUAUGAGCAAUUUCGCCGGGCGUAAGAGUACUUUUAAGUAAAAACGUGAAUUCUCAAUUCUGUUCGUGUCUAUACGAAUAGCCAGAUAUUAUCAACAACAUUCAGUUAAUGCUGAUAUGCCAUGCCAUCCCUAAUACAAACGGUAGACUAAUGAUAUAUAUCGUACGUUUUAAUCAAAAUUGACCUCUGAGGCCAAGAAAAUAAAUCCUUUUCCAAAAUACAAGAGAGAUGCCUAUAAAAUAAUUUUUUAUUGAUAAACGUUUCUUCUUCUAAUUUGAAAUCCUUACCCAGACAAGAUACAUCUAAAGCUAGAAAGGUCAUUCAUUCAGUUUCGUAAGCAUACUGCUCAAAACUACAUUCGAUCUGGACAUGCGCGUGCUUCUGAUGAUUAGAAAUGCAUUCCGAUGAGAUCACAGAUACCACAUUUAUAAACGAGUGGCUUUUUGAUGAUAUAAAAUCGCAAGUGGACAUUUGGACUUCCUGUCAAGUUACGUAUUAAUACAGUAAACCCAAUACCUUAGAGUGAUUUUCAUUAACCCGCGAAACACACUUCAGCGUAUUUAUCGCUAUUAAACUUUGGCUCUUUUGUUUUUUACUGUCUCUACGCGACUAUUACGAUCUAUUACACUCUAAUUAUUACACUUUGUUUCACGGGUUUAUGAAAACCACUCUAUUCGUACUAAUUAUCGCAAGUCUUCAAUAUCGCGAAAUUAAAAUCUCGCGAAAAAAGGAUACGCGAAAAUUAUACAUGCGAAAUUUAAUAAUCUAUAAUUGCUUUAUUCAUUUCACUUCUUUAUAUGAAAAUCUUGAUUGUAAAUCGAUUAUUUAUUAAGUAAUCAUCCAAUAAAAUAUUUUGCACAA